AUGUCACAAAACGAUAUUGAAAAACUGUCUGAGUAUAAAUCAGAUACGGUUUAUACAUUUCCAGAUGAAUCCAUAGAGAGGAACACAGAUUUUAAGUCUUCGACAAAAGUUGAAAUAGAAUCUAGUGAAAUAAACGCUAAUGAAAAUAUUGUACCAUCAUCUUCGAAAUCAUAUUUUCAAAGAUUUAUUGACUCCUUCAAGCCAGCCCCAGAAAGUAGCGAUGGCAUAGAAGGCGCUGAAAAAAACUUAAAACAAUCAAUUAAGCAACGUCACGUUAUUUUUUCAUGUAUUUCCUCCGGGGUAGGUACUGGUCUACUUGUAGGUACUGCUAAAUGUCUACAUAGCUCUGGGCCUGCUGGUGUUGUUAUUGGUUUUGCUAUUAUAAGUUCUGCUAUAUAUUGUAUUAUUCAAAGUGGGUGUGAAAUGGCCGUUACUUAUUCUAAAGUAAUGGGUGGUUUUAACACAUACCCUGCCUUUUUAAUUGAUCCUGCUUUUGCCUUUGCUGUUGCUUUUGUCUAUUUACUUCAAUGGUCCAUUGCUGUUGUUCCAUUGGAAUUGGUUACUGCUUCGAUUACCGUCAAAUUUUGGAAUGAUAAAAUUAACUCAGACGCGUUUGUGGUUAUCUUUUACGUUUUUGUUAUUUCCAUCAAUAUGAUCGGUACUAAAGGUUUCGCAGAAGCCGAUUUCAUUUUUAAUGUGUGUAAAGUGUUAUUCAUGAUCGGUUUCUACAUAAUGGGUAUAGUUAUCACCUGUGGUGGAGCAGGAAACGAUGGUUAUAUUGGUGCUAAAUACUGGCAUAACCCGGGAGCAUUUGCUGGUAACUAUAAAAUUGAUCAUUUCAAGGGCGUUGUUAACACUUUUGUUUACGCAGCUUUUGCAUUUGGUACCAGCGAACUUUUCUGCUUUACUGCUGCCGAACAAAGUAACCCAAGAAAGGCUAUAUCUAGUGGUUCAAAACAGUUUAUUUACCGUAUUCUAAUAAUUUUCCUUGGUUCUUUAGUUAUAGUUGGUUUUCUAGUUCCAUAUGAUUCUGAUGAACUAAUGGGAGCCAGCGGCUCAGCUACUCACGCAUCUCCAUUUGUGCUAGCUGCUUCUUUGCACGGUGUUAAAAUUGUUACACAUUUUAUUAAUUUGGUUAUUCUAUUUAGUGUUAUAAGUGUAUCUAAUUCCUCCUUUUAUUUGGGUAGUAGGCUAAUCAUGACAUUUUCCAAAAUAGGCUGGGCUCCAAGGUGUUUGGGCUAUAUUGACAGAGAAGGUAGACCGUUGAUUGCAAUUGGUAUCUGUGCGUUAUUUGGUUUAAUUGCCUUUGUUUCAGCAUCUCCAAAUGAGGAAAUCGCCUUUUCGUGGUUAUUGGCCAUUUCUAGUUUAUCACAAGUUUUUACUUGGAGUGCCAUGUGCUUGAGUCACAUAAGAUUUAGAAGGGCUAUGUCAGUCCAAGGGAGAUCAUUAAAAGAAUUGGGAUUUACAAGUAGGACUGGUGUAUGGGGAUCUUACUAUAGUUUGUUCAUUUUGUUAUUAGUUUUACUUGGUCAAUUCUGGGUUGCUUUGGCACCAAUAGGUAAUGGCGGCAAAUUAGAUGCCAACAAUUUCUUCCAGAAUUAUCUAGCUAUGCCAAUCUUAAUUGCCUUUUAUUUAGGAUACAAAAUUUGGAAAAAAGAUUGGAGGUUGUUUAUUAGGGCUAAAGACAUUGAUUUAAAUUAUAGUAGAAAUGUCUUUGAUCAAGAACUUAUAGAGCAAGAACUUUUUGAAGAAAAAGAAAGACUUAAGAAUUCUUCAUGUUGGGUUCGUAUUAGCGCAUUUUGGUGUUGA